AGUGUUGAAAGAGGGGAGUGAAGAAAGCGAUAUGAUCAUAGAAAAGAGGGGAUAGGGGUUAUUUUGUCAAGUUCUGCCAUCACCACUCACUGACUGGCGAUGGGGUGCUCUAUCGAUUAGGAAGGGGAAAACCCUCCUCCACCCACUACAUACCCACCAACCCUUUUCUUUUUUCCUUUUUCCUUCUUUUUUUUAAUUUAUCUGUCUCUGCGACUGUCUCGUACUUGGACUCAUAAAUAUAAAAACGCCACCUUUUUUCUGAGUUUGCAGUUGCUCAUUUGGGCUCUCAGUCUCAGAUUUGCUUGUUUUUGAAAGAACUGAUAACAGAGAAGACAACCCAUCUCAGCAUAUAUUUCAGCUAAGAUGAGAGGACCGGGUUUGUGGCAACUUGGCCAGUCAAUCACCCGGCGUAUUGCUCAGGGUGACAAGAAGGCUGUAGCUCGUCGAUACUUUGCCUCAGAAGCUGAACUCAAAAAGACAGUCCUCUAUGACUUCCACAUUGCAAAUGGUGGAAAGAUGGUGCCUUUCGCUGGAUGGGGAAUGCCUAUUCAGUAUAAGGACUCGAUCAUCGACUCCACUAUAAACUGCAGGCAGAAUGGUAGUCUCUUUGAUGUCUCGCAUAUGUGUGGGCUGAGCCUUAAGGGGAAGGACUCCAUUCCAUUCCUUGAAAAGCUUGUCAUUGCGGAUGUUGCUUCGCUUGCCCCUGGAACGGGGACACUCACUGUCUUUACAAAUGAGAAGGGAGGGGCAAUUGAUGACUCUGUGAUUACCAAGGUUACCGAUGACCACAUAUACCUGGUGGUGAAUGCUGGAUGUAGGGAUAAAGAUCUUGCUCACAUUGAAGAGCAUAUGAAGGCAUUCAAGGCUAAAGGCGGAGAUGUCUCAUGGCACAUCCAUGAUGAGAGAUCUCUUCUAGCUCUCCAGGGUCCUCUUGCUGCCCCAACUCUUCAACACUUGACAAAAGAGGAUUUGAGCAAGUUAUAUUUUGGAGAGUUCCGAAUUUUGGAUAUCAAUGGUGCACACUGCUUUCUCACAAGGACUGGGUACGUUUCCCCUGUCUCUUUUGUGGUCUUUUCCAAAGCGAGCAAAUUACUUUUGACGGUGUGGGGAUUAUAGUUUUCCAUCUGAGAAUUCGGCUGAUGACCCUUGGUUUAUACCAAUUUAAGGUUUUUUUUGCGAGUUCUC